AUCACGUCUUCCGGAACCAAUCGGGUCGUGAAGGACGGCUGCAGAACUAAUGUUUGGACGUUGUCUUUAAGUCUGCGUUCAUCUUUACCUUUAUGUUAAUUCGUCUGCCAUAAGAUAAUGUAUACUAAUUUAUUCCUCACGUUAGGAUAAACGCGACUCGUCGCAGUAAACUCUGAAGCUUCUCCGGCUAGUUUAGCUUGCUAGCUGCUAACAAAGAAUCGCGGGAGUUUUAUCCACACGUCGCUAAUCAGAUCACACGUAAAGUGUGGCGAUUGUGUCAACAUGUGUAAAGUACACAUGCUGAGAUUGUUGGUGAACCAGCGACUAACUGUGGCCGUCGAGGAAAUAUUUGUAGUGUUGGAAAGGACCAUAGCGGAGUACGAGGAGGAACUUUCUCGAACAAAAGAGGAGAACGAGCGACAACGUCAACUACUGGACGCUGUUUUCAAGAAAGCCCAAGUUAGAGAUGUCUGUGAAGAACAUCUUCCUGAGCAGCAGGAGUGGACCUCCAAGAUGGAAGAGGAGGAGCCACAGCCUCCCCACAAUACAGAGGAAGAAGUGGAGGAACAGGGCAUCAGUCAGGAGGUUGAGCUUGUUGAGUGGUUGGAGGAGUUCCCGUUAACGGUUGUCAUUGUGAAGAGUGAAGAUAAUGAGGUCAAUAGUGAAAGUGAGGAGAGGAGAGAGGCGGAGCCUCCAAGCAGCAGCUCAACUCAACACAUGCCAACAGAAGGUGAUGAGGACCACUGUGGUGGAUCACAAGCAGACAAGCUCUUAGCUCCACUAUCGAAUAGUGACGACACAACGUCACACUCUCCUGACAUCCACGAUGAAGACUCUCAAGCUGAAACGACAUGUCACACCGACAACACACACUUGAAAUGCUCUCACUGCGACAAAACCUUUAAACACCUGUGUAGUCUGAAAGUACACAUGAGAAUACACACCGACGACAAACAUGUCUCCUGUUCGGUCUGCGAUAAAAGUUUUAUACAAAACAGCGACUUGAAAAUACACAUGAGGGUGCACACGGGGGAAAAACCAUUCAUGUGCUCAGUUUGCGGUAAAAGAUUCUCCCUGAAGCAACAUUUGGUAAGGCACACGCGAAUACACACGGGCGAGAAACCAUAUUUUUGUUCGAGCUGCAACAAAAGCUUCUGUGACAAGUCGACGGUUGUCGUGCACAUGAGAAGACACACGGGUGAGAAGGUGUACAGUUGCAGCGUGUGUGAUAAAAGGUUCUCUUAUAAGUACCAGUGUAAGAAACACAAGUGUGCAGCAGCAAAUUAAGCUGCGGGAUUUGAAAUUAACUGCCACAACUUUGACUUUCUAACUACAUCACCACAUAAAAUAUGUGUGAGAUCAGUUUUGUGUGUGUAACACGAUCAUGUUGUUAGGCUUUUACCAUUUAUAGAUUAGAUGUUUGUGGAAGUCGAUCCCUACCCUUUCCAAAGAUAUCACGUCACAGGAGCCGGGCGUGCCGUUUUAGCAGAGUUUUAUUGUCCAUGUAUAUCAGGGGUGUCAAACGUACAGCCCGAGGGCCGGAUCAGGCCCUCGAACAGGUUCUAUCUGGCCCGCGGAAUGAGUUUGCUAAGUAUAAAAAUGAACCUGAAGUUUUUGAAUGAAAGAAACGGCUGUUCUAAAUGUGUCCACUGGAUGUCGCAAUAGCAAUUCUUUGUAUCUUUGUUGAUUACACUACAUAUGUACAAAAUAAACCACAUGAUGUUAGUACAUCAGUCGAGGAAAAUGAGCAAACUACAUAAAUAAUAUACUGUAAUUGGAUUUUGAUAUAAUUUUUUCAUCUUGAUAGAUUAAAAAUUAACACCAAUGAGUUGACUGAUGAACAUUAUCACAUAAUUUAUUCAGAAAUAUAAAUAACGACAAAUAAAGUAUAUAAACUAUUAACCGCAACAGGUAAUUUGUAAAAAAACAACAACAUUAUGAUUUGUACAAUUUCAGAAUGUGCUUGUUCUAUUUUCAAACAAUCUGAAGUUGUGUUUAUUUUUAAGUUAUCGUGCCGUGAUUCUACCAGUCCGGCCCACUUGGGAGUAGAUUUUGCUCCAUGUGGCCCCCGAUCUAAAAUGAGUUUGACACCCCUGAUGUAUAUUCAAGCACAAUCUUUCCAGAAGCUUUUCUCUCCGGUCUCUCCCAACACUUCCUCCUCCGCUGGCCGCUCACUGUUAAAGACAACAGAUGAUUAGAUUGACACGUACCACCUGUGAAAUCUAAUCACCUGCCAGCUGUGUCUCGCCGUCCCGCCCUCAACACCAUUGACAGAGGCGGUGACCUUUGCUCCUGCAGGCGCGCCGAUCGCACUUUCCCUCCACAAUGUUUUACAUGAGUGUUUUUAUUUCAGUCAAAUACAUGUAAUGAUGUAAAAGUUUGUGUACUUUUGUAAAAAU